AUGCCACCUGGUGUAGAGGGGUUGAAGGGGGUUGGAAGUGGAGGGGUGGAAGGGGGCGGAAUGGGGUGGAGGGGAUGGGUGGGGGUGGAAGGGGGUGGAAGGGGGUGGAAGGGGGUGGAAGGGGGUGGAAGGGGGUGGAAAUGGGAGGGAGAUGGCAAGACAAAGGAGGCGAGCGGAGAGGAUGCCGGCACAGGCUUGCCCUCGGCAUACUGGUGGGCGAAUCGCAGAAGGGCGGCCAUGACGGUGGGGUCUCUGGCGUUGGCUGGCGCCGAGCAGAAGGCAAAGCGGUCCCGGAGGGUCAGUCCUUUGAUUUUAUCCAGCAUGGUUGCCACACGCUGGUGGGGAGGGGGAAGGGAUGAAAGGGAGAAGUGGGGAACGGGGAGGACAAGAGGAGGCGAAUCUCAGGAGGGCUGCCAUGACGGUGGGGUCUCUUGCGUUGGCUGGCGCCGAGCAGAAGGCAAAGCGGUCUCGGAGGGUCAGACCUUUGAUUUUAUCCAGCAUGGUUGCCACACGCUGGUGGGAAGAAGAGAAGGGAAGGGAGGGGGACAGGAGGAGAGGUGGGGAAAGGAGGAGAGGUGGGGAAAGGCGGAGAGGUGGGGAAAGGAGGAGAGGUGGGGAAAGGAGGAGAGGUGGGAAAAGGAGGAGAGGUGGGGAAAGGAGGAGAGGUGGGGAAAGGAGGAGAGGUGGGGAAAGGAGGAGAGGUGGGGAAAGGAGGAGAGGUGGAGAAAGGAGGAGAGGUGGGGAAAGGAGGAGAGGUGGGGAAAGGAGGAGAGGUGGGGAAAGGAGGAGAGGUGGAGAAAGGAGGAGAGGUGGGGAAAGGAGGAGAGGUGGGGAAAGGAGGAGAGGUGGGGAAAGGAGGAGAGGUGGGGAAAGGAGGAGAGGUGGGGAAAGGAGGAGAGGUGGGGAAAGGAGGAGAGGUGGGGAAAGGAGGAGAGGUGGGGAAAGGAGGAGAGGUGGGGAAAGGAGGAGAGGUGGGGAAAGGAGGAGAGGUGGGGAAAGGAGGAGAGGUGGGGAAAGGAGGAGAGGUGGGGAAAGGAGGAGAGGUGGGGAAAGGAGGAGAGGUGGGGAAAGGAGGAGAGGUGGGGAAAGGAGGAGAGGUGGGGAAAGGAGGAGAGGUGGGGAAAGGAGGAGAGGUGGGGAAAGGAGGAGAGGUGGGGAAAGGAGGAGAGGUGGGGAAAGGAGGAGAGGUGGGGAAAGGAGGAGAGGUGGGGAAAGGAGGAGAGGUGGGGAAAGGAGGAGAGGUGGGGAGAGGAGGAGAGGUGGGGAAAGGAGGAGAGGUGGGGAAAGGAGAGGUGGGGAAAGGAGGAGAGGUGGGGAAAGGAGGAGAGGUGGGGAAAGGAGGAGAGGUGGGGAAAGGAGGAGAGGUGGGGAAAGGAGGAGAGGUGGGGAAAGGAGGAGAGGUGGGGAAAGGAGGAGAGGUGGGGAAAGGAGGAGAGGUGGGGAAAGGAGGAGAGGUGGGGAAAGGAGGAGAGGUGGGGAAAGGAGGAGAGGUGGGGAAAGGAGGAGAGGUGGGGAAAGGAGGAGAGGUGGGGAAAGGAGGAGAGGUGGGGAAAGGAGGAGAGGUGGGGAAAGGAGGAGAGGUGGGGAAAGGAGGAGAGGUGGGGAAAGGAGGAGAGGUGGGGAAAGGAGGAGAGGUGGGGAAAGGAGGAGAGGUGGGGAAAGGAGGAGAGGUGGGGAAAGGAGGAGAGGUGGGGAAAGGAGGAGAGGUGGGGAAAGGAGGAGAGGUGGGGAAAGGAGGAGAGGUGGGGAAAGGAGGAGAGGUGGGGAAAGGAGGAGAGGUGGGGAAAGGAGGAGAGGUGGGGAGAGGAGGAGAGGUGGGGAAAGGAGGAGAGGUGGGGAAAGGAGGAGAGGUGGGGAAAGGAGGAGAGGUGGGGAAAGGAGGAGAGGUGGGGAAAGGAGGAGAGGUGGGGAAAGGAGGAGAGGUGGGGAAAGGAGGAGAGGUGGGGAAAGGAGGAGAAGGGGCUGCACAUAGCGGUCCCGGAGGGUCAGGCCCUUGAUGACAAGGGGCGAAAGGGAGAAGUGCGGAACGGGGAGGACAAGAGCAGUAGUCAAAGCGGUCCCGGAGGGUCAGGCCCUUGA